UAUUAUUAUCUUUUUGUUCUCAAACUGCUCAUAUCUGCUAUACAUGUAUUUUCGGAGAGGUGAAGCAAUUAGUUGGAAGAAAUACAUACAACAUGUUUCCACUCAUAAUUCUGAUCAGCUUUUCACUUACUUCCCUCUCUGCUACUGCUACUAAUGGAGCAGAAGGAGGAGCUACAAGUCUUUCAACCUGUUUAAUCAACCACAAUAUCCAUAACUUCUCUAUUUACUCCACAAGGAAUGAUCCAAAUAGUAAUUACUUUAACUUGCUCGACUUCUCCCUUCAGAAUCUUCGAUUUGCAGCAUCUUACAUGCCAAAACCAACCCUCAUUAUCCUACCAAACAGCAAGGAGGAGCUCGUGAGCACCAUUCUUUGUUGCAGACAAGCAUCUUAUCAAAUCAGAGUAAGGUGCGGCGGACACAGCUACGAAGGAACUUCUUACGUUUCCUUUGACGGUUCCCCAUUCGUGAUCGUUGACUUGAUGAAAAUAGACGACGUUUCAGUAGAUUUGGAUUCUGAAACUGCUUGGGCUCAGGGCGGCGCAACAAUUGGCCAAAUUUAUUACGCCAUUGCCAAGGCAAGUGACGUUCAUGCAUUUUCAGCAGGUUCGGGGCCAACAGUAGGAUCUGGAGGUCAUAUUUCUGGUGGCGGAUUUGGACUUUUAUCUAGAAAAUUCGGACUUGCUGCUGAUAAUAUAGUUGAUGCUCUUCUUAUUGAUGCUGAUGGACGCUUAUUAGACCGAAAAGCCAUGGGAGAAGACGUGUUUUGGGCAAUCAGAGGUGGCGGCGGUGGAAAUUGGGGAAUUGUUUAUGCCUGGAAAAUUCGAUUACUCAAAGUGCCUAAAAUCGUAACAACUUGUAUGAUCUAUAGGCCUGGAUCCAAACAAUACGUGGCUCAAAUACUUGAGAAAUGGCAAAUUGUUACUCCAAAUUUGGUCGAUGAUUUUACUCUAGGAGUACUCCUGAGACCUGCAGAUUUGCCGGCGGAUAUGAAAUAUGGUAAUAGUACUCCUAUUGAAAUAUUUCCCCAAUUCAACGCACUUUAUUUGGGUCCAAAAACUGAAGCUCUUUCCAUAUCAAAUGAGACAUUUCCGGAGCUAGGCGUUAAGAAUGAUGAAUGCAAGGAAAUGACUUGGGUAGAGUCAGCACUUUUUUUCUCUGAGUUAGCUGACGUUAGCGGUAACUCCUCUGCUGAUAUCUCCCGUCUGAAAGAACGUUACAUGGACGGAAAAGGUUUCUUCAAAGGCAAGACGGACUAUGUGAAGAAGCCAGUUUCAAUGGAUGGGAUGCUAACAUUUCUUGUUGAACUCGAGAAAAACCCGAAGGGAUACCUUGUCUUCGAUCCUUAUGGCGGAGCCAUGGACAAGAUUAGUGAUCAAGCUAUUGCUUUCCCUCAUAGAAAAGGUAACCUUUUCGCGAUUCAGUAUCUAGCACAGUGGAAUGAAGAGGACGAUUACAUGAGCAACGUUUACAUGGAGUGGAUAAGAGGAUUUUACAAUACAAUGACGCCAUUUGUUUCAAGCUCGCCAAGGGGAGCUUAUAUCAACUACUUGGAUAUGGAUCUUGGAGUGAAUAUGGUCGACAACUACUUAUUGCGAAAUGCUAGUAGUAGUUAUUCUUCCUCUGUUGAUGCUGUGGAGAGAGCUAGAGCGUGGGGUGAAAUGUAUUUCUUGCAUAACUAUGAUAGGUUGGUUAAAGCUAAGACACAAAUUGAUCCACUAAAUGUUUUUCGACAUGAACAGAGUAUUCCUCCUAUGCUUGGUUCAACGCAAGAGCAUAAGUAUAGUAGUGAAUGAGAUUUCAAAUGUACUGCCUUGAGAGAGAUUCCGUUGUUAGUUUUCCUUUCUUCUUUUUUUGUCUAAUAAAAUUGAUCCUUGAAUAUUU